AUGUACAUUCUUUCGCUUGUCCAAUUUAGAAGUGUCCUUCAGGAGAACAUCGACCUACUUCGUAUACAACGUGAACUCCGUGACCGACAGUCCGAGGUCGCAACUAUAUCAGCCCGGUUGGCCGAGGCUCAGACCAGCCUCGAUGUGGCCCAAACUGCUAAUCGGCAACUGAUUGCCGAAGUUGAUCGAGCCCAUCGUGAAUCUAGACAACGCGAGGCCCGUAUUGACCAACUGGAGGCCGAGACAGAGACAGGUAGCAAUCGUCUUCGACUACGGCUUGUUGAAGUAAGUGCUAUGUUGUUUUGGAGCUCAAGUAUAAAAGUUGCCACUAUCUCGAUUAGAGAGUGA